UUCAUGAGGUGGCGAAUGAGGGCCCGGCCCGGCCCCGCUGCGGCUCUUCAUUGGCCGCAGCAGGGGGGCCACGCCCCCAGCGGCCGGCAGGCGGCGCAGGCGCAGCGGGGCGCGCGGCGGCUGCAGCCGCAGGCAGGGGAAGCGGGAGGCAGUGGCGGUGCCGCCAUGGCGGAGGACGAGGGCUUGGUGUCCGUGGAUUACGAGGUGUCCGGCAAGGUGCAGGGCGUGUUCUUCCGCAAGUACACCCAGGGGGAGGCUAAGAGACUGGGGCUUGUUGGCUGGGUCCAAAAUACCAGCCACGGCACUGUCCAAGGGCAAAUCCAGGGUCCAACUGCCAGGGUGCGGGAGCUGCAAGAAUGGCUCAGAAAGAUAGGAAGUCCCCAGUCCCGUAUCAGCCGAGCAGAGUUCAGCAAUGAGAAGAAGAUCAAGGCGCUGGAGCACAAGGAAUUCCAGAUUUUGAAGUGACUUUGUCCAGGAAGAAGCAAAGUCUGGAGCGUGAGCUGCCCUCACGGAACAUUUCCCCUCUUCCUCACUCAUCAGUCAGCCAGUGUUCAGUUCUAGAGAACUUUAUUUUAUUGAAUUUCUAAUUUAUUGUUUUGCUGCGCUGUUAGUUUGAUGCUCAGCUUUUCGCAGAAUUCUGGUGGGUAGAGGAAGAGCUAUGUUGUCUCUGUUGGAGGGGCUGUUCAGGGGCAGAACCUCUGUUUCCAAGUGUAUGUGGUUUGGGGAGUUGUACAUGAGAUAAAUCUGAAAUAUGUAGAGUGUGGUGUUCGUGUGAAGGAAAUCACAGGGUCAAUGCUGAUAGAAAACCCCGCUAAAAACAUUAUUUUUGUGCACUAAAUGCCUCAGAAACAAUUUAUUGUAUUCCAGAACUUCACAUUUUCUGUAGAAUAAAAUUGCUUGGAUUUCA